CCCAAAGUGAUGCGUUUGUAGGCAAUUUUUUGCAAUCCUUUUCAUUCUUGCAUCCGUGCUAAAAGGCUUCACUCCCCCCUCUGCCUUUUGUUUCCGAGGUGGAGCCUGAUACACCGACUUCUUCAAACUGAACUGCCGGCGAAGCAGACGGACAAGAUAGGACCGGCACCAGCAGUCGGUGGCACAGAUCUGGGACGAAGCAGAUCGAAAGGAGGGACCAUAAAGGCAGUUGCAAGGAAGAAAAAGGGAUUUUGUGGAGCGCUUUGUACGAUUGAAUAAUUUUACAAACCGGCUACACACGGUACAGCUUCAAGAAAGAUGAAUUAUUUCAUCCUGCUGUCGCUUUUUGCCACGAUUAUCACCGGAAAGUCACCUCGGCUGAAAUUUGUUCUACACGAGACCUCCAGGUUCCACUUCAACAAACCGGAGAACUACAUCAGCAUGUACCACCAGGAAGGGAGCGACAUGCUGUAUGUGGGCGGCCAGGCGAUGAUCUAUGUGUUGACGUUCACUAACAGAGGGGUCCGCAACCUGCAGAUCCCAGCGGCAUCUGACCAGACUGCAAUUGAUACCUGCAAGGCAAAGGCUGCGCCACUCGAGUUGGAGUGUGAUAAUUUCAUCACCGUCAUUCAGAAAGUAAAUGACACAAUGAUAAUAUGUGGAACUAAUGCUGGAAGCCCCAGGUGCUGGAUGCUGGUAAAUGAGACUGUGCUGACUGACGUCCAGGGCAACGGGCAGAUAGCAUCAGCCUCUGACAUCUCACCACCAUAUCCUUCCCAAAAGUCCAUCAGCUUGCCUGCAGAUGGGAGUCUGUAUUCUGCUAUGUCGUCGGUGGCAGGUCACGCCGGCUCGAUCCGCCGUACGUUUGGAUCCCAGAAACUCCUGAAGACGGAGAACGUUUGGCUGCUGAAUCCGCAGUUUGCCGGUGCAGCCAUAAUGCCGUCUACACUGAAGUACAAGGAGGAGAUCUACUUCUUCUUCAGUGAGCUCAACAAGACAGCCAGAGUGGACGAGGAGCCUUACAGGGCACGCAUUGGCCGAAUCUGUACGGUGGACGAAGGCGGCAUCAAAGCCCUGCUGGCAGACUCAUGGACCACCUUCAUGAAGGCCCGGGUCAUGUGCGGCGCAGGAAACACUCAGCAGCAGUACAACAACAUGAAGCAGGCGGUGGUGCUGACAGCGCAAGACAAGAGGGCUGGAGUCCUGUAUGGCCUGUUUUCCAACGCAUGGGGUAGAACAGUGAUCUGUGCCUACUCCAUUGAAGAUAUUGACCAGGCUUUCUCCACAUCCAAACUGAAGGGCUACAGCAGUCCAUUCAUUGGCAGUCGCCCUGGGAUGUGUGUCCGCAAAAACUCAACAGCAGGAGGUCACAACGACAUCAAAAACCUUGGGGUGAUCAGAUACCAUCCAGAAAUUGAGGAUGUGAUCCGGCCCGUCGGUGUGGCUCCACUGGACCUGCCCACAGAUGACCAAAUCACACAUGCUGUGGCAGACAUCGUCCUGGCGGUCAAUGAUGAGCACUACAGCGUCCUGUACCUCGGAACAGACCAAGGCAAAGUUCUCAAAGUUCUUCACAGCAGCGAGGGGGUCUUCAUCAUAUCUCAGUACUCUCUGUUUCACAAUGAGGGCCCCGUUCUCAACAUGGCCAUCGACUCCCAAAAGGGACACCUGUAUGUUGGUACAGCGAUGGAGGUCCAGCGGCUGCCACUGGCUGACUGCAGUCGCUAUGGCGACACGUGCAGGGAGUGCAUCCUUUCCCGGGAUCCGUACUGCGGCUGGGACAGGUCCAGGAGGAAGUGUAUCCCAAUCCCACCUGGAUACAACGUCACCACAGGGACACUCAUUCAGAAUCUGGACCGUUCAAACUCCUCGGUUUGUGGGGAAGCUGCUGCUUUAAAGCAGCGUAGCACUUCUCCCAGAGAAGUGCUGGUGCAGUCCAACACCUCCAUCUUUCUCCCUUGCCCUGUGCGCUCCUUCCACGCCACCUACCGCUGGGUGAAAGACAACUGUGUCAAGAACUACCCCUGCCUCUUCUCCGGAGACUUCUGCGUCCUGGGGCCGGCUAUUGACACGCCCCUGAAGGAAGGCGUCUUCCGCUGCAUAGCCACCGAGGACGGAUUCAAAGUGGAGGUCAUCUCCUUCAGGCUGGUGAACGACGGCAGGCUCCUGGCCGCCUCCCUGGCCUCCACCUUGGGGCCGUCGAUCCUGCUCGCCAUGGCUACCCUGUGGCUCCAUUAACUGCAGCUACCGCUAAUGCUAACCCCUCAUCCUUACUGGCUCCCAAUGACAGGAAAGACAAGGAGCCUCUGUUAGGAGGUUAGGUUCGCAGAGCAUUAAAGUACAUGGUUGGGUUGGACAGUGGGAAUUCACCUUUUUUAGAGAAAGAAUCCCAAAAAAAUGUGAAUGAGAGAUUAAAUUCUGUAUUUUUUGUUGUUGCAUAAAAGCAACAUAUCUGCAGCUGUCUUAAAGAGAUCAGAACUCAAAAAAUACUUUCAUUAACAUUCAGACUAAUUACUGUCCAUGAAUUGACAUCUUGCAAGUUCGAUCAACCGUAAUUAGGUGCUUUGCGAAACUAUCCUCUCUGACUCAAAACAUAUCGUAUGAGUUGGGCAAAAAAAACAAUACCAGGCCAAUUCUUUUUACCAUUUAUCUACUUAUUUUCAAAUUGACUUAACUGUGCUUAUUUGUGAAUAUAUAAACCUUUAAUACCGCUCUUACAUCGAAUCAUUCAUGUUGUUAAACCUUAUUGCUAUAGCUCAUUAGUACUCAUUAGUACUUAGAAAUGUCUGGUAUUGAGAUUUAAAAAGCCUUAACACUUCUGGGACAUAAACUCCUAAGCACAAUUUUGCAGUCGAGGCAGAAUACUGCAGCCUCGGUUGGACUUGGCGCUAUAAUUAGUGCCGCUGAGUCUAACAACAUCGCUGGGAGGAAGUGUCAGCUUUUUGACAGGAAGUAGGCGGAUGGGCAAGAGCUCAUUCUCGAACAUCACUGUGUCUCAGCACCUCCUCCUCAGACGAGGCAGUUUCAUGCAUCUUUUUAUCAGAAGGUAUCAGACAUCAUCAUUACGCCUUGUUCACAGCUUUGUCCGUUGUUUUUCUCUUUAAAUGCCAUCGUCUUAACUCAUCAGAAACAAAACACUUAACCCUCUGAGGUCUAAGGGCAUUUUCUCGAUUUUGACAUAUCUCCUUAAAUUCACCUUUUAAGGGUAUUUGUAUAUGACUUGAUGCCCAUGUGUUUCACAUCAAAAUGUUCAGAACAAACUCAGCUUUCUGUAUAGUGCAGCCUUAAUGUGUACUAGUUCAAUGUAUAAAGAGAUAAUUU